AUGUCGUCAUUUUUUAGCCAUUUAACCAGUAUUCUAAGGAUUUUAUGUAUAUUAACCUUCUUGCAAUUGUGUUGUGCAAACGAGCACGAUUCUGUAUGUUUGGAAGGGGAUAGUGCGAAUUGUCCAGAACCAAUUCAUACAGUAAUUCGUCUGGCUAAAAGAGAUGAUAUUCUUGCAAGGCAGAUUGCAGAACAAAAUGGCAUGGUGGUCAAGGGGAAACCGUUCCUUGGCUCUCAUUAUUUUUUGGAACACUCAGCGAAAAGAACAGGAAGGCACAAGAGAGCUAUAGUUGAAAGGCUCCAAGAUCAUCCAGCUGUUGAAUGGGUUGAUGAACAACGACCAAGACGGCGUGUGAAGCGCGAUUUUUUACACGCUGACUUUCGACGAAAUCAGGGGGAUGGAAUGAAUAGUGUUUCUGGCGCUUCUUUCCCAACAAAGUUUAUUCCUCAAUUACCGUGGAAAGAUCCCUUAUAUAGUGAGCAGUGGUACCUGAAUGGUCAUGCUGAAGGAGGGUAUGACAUGAAUGUCAUAAAUGCUUGGAUGUUAGGUUACGCGGGCCGUAAUGUAUCUGUUUCUAUACUUGAUGACGGGAUACAAAGGGAUCAUCCUGACUUAGCUCGAAACUAUGAUCCACGUGCUAGCACUGACAUCAACGAUCAUGAUGAUGACCCUACGCCGCAGAAUAAUGGUGAUAAUAAACACGGGACGCGAUGUGCUGGUGAAGUUGCUGCCGUAGCCGGUAACGAAUAUUGUGGAGUAGGCAUUGCUUACCUUGCAAAAGUUGGGGGCGUUCGGAUGCUUGACGGGCCGGUUAGUGACAGUAUUGAAGCAGCCAGCUUGUCUCUCAAUCAAGACCAUAUCGACAUUUACUCUGCAAGCUGGGGUCCUGAAGACGAUGGAAAAACGUUUGACGGACCUGGUCCUCUGGCACGUGAAGCGUUCUACAGAGGAAUUAAAGAAGGACGAGGCGGAAAAGGCAACAUCUUCGUGUGGGCCAGUGGUAAUGGAGGUGCAAGACAAGACAGCUGUUCUGCAGAUGGAUACACAACAUCUGUUUAUACGCUUAGCAUAAGUUCUGCGACUUUUGAUAACCGUCGUCCUUGGUACCUUGAAGAAUGUCCAUCAAGUAUUGCCACUACCUAUAGCAGUGCCAAUGUUAAUCAGCCUGCAGUUGUGACAGUUGAUGUUCCUAAUGGAUGUACUCGCACACAUACUGGUACAAGUGCGAGUGCUCCUAUGGCUGCCGGUAUAAUCGCUUUGGCGCUUGAAGCAAAUCCUAACCUGACGUGGCGUGAUAUGCAGCAUUUGGUGCUAAGAACAGCAAAUCCAACGCCGUUGUUGAAAAAUCCUGGUUGGUCGAAGAAUGGUGUUGGAAGAUACAUUAGUAAUCAGUUUGGUUAUGGAUUAAUGGAUGCUGCAGCCUUAGUCAAACUUGCUAGGAUGUGGAGGACUGUUCCAGAACAGCAUAUGUGUACUUACGAGUACACGCUACAAAGCCCGAAUCCUAGACCUGUGACUGGAAACUUUCGUGUCAAUUUUACCUUAGAAGUAAGUGGGUGUGAAAGUGGUACACCAGUUAUAUACCUAGAGCACGUCCAAGUACUCGCUACUAUUCGGUUCGGUAAACGAGGGGAUUUGAAGUUAACUUUGUUCUCACCGCGCGGAACCACUUCUGUUCUGUUGCCUCCUCGUCCUCAAGAUUUUAAUCAAAAUGGGUUUCACAAAUGGCCCUUCCUUACUGUACAAAUGUGGGGUGAGGAUCCACGAGGCACCUGGAUCCUUAUGGUUGAAUCAGUCAGCUCAAACAGGAACAUCGGAGGAACAAUUCAUAACUGGCAGUUACUACUUUACGGAACUGCGGAUCCUGCACAGCCAACAGACCAACGUUACCCAGCUGCAAUGAAGACGUCAUCGGGAACAUCGCUUUUAGGCCGUGCCACACAGCAGUUGACAUCUCAGGUGCGACAAACCAUAAAACUGCGCACUCGUUAUCCACGUUCACCUUUUUAUUUGCUUACUGCUAACGCUGGUUUUUAG